AUGCCCAACAAUAGUUACAUCGAGGUGCUGAACAGGAAGGCGGCUCAGGAUGGUGCCGCCACCUGUCAGCUGGAGGUCGAGCCGCGAAGACAGAAGCCCGGUUCCGCCGAGGAGAUGCCGCCGAUGCAACCGAGCAAAUCCACCAAGUCCACGCAAAUCGACGGCUCGCUUUGGAGGCUACCCAACCCGGGAUACCAGCGGGUGAGGCCAACGUCCUUGGGUCAGCUGUCGCGUCACAGCCAGUUCAACGAGCUUGGCUACCCGAGUUACAGCCCCGUCUACGCGUUCUCAGCGACCCAGAGCGAGAUGUCGCUCUCGUCCAGGAACCGACCAAACGGUAGCAGCCGCCACACGACCGUCGACAUGAUGAAGAUACUCCCGGGGCAGGUGUCCAGCGUCCUCUCUGCCCCAUCCUGCAAUUGCUGCUGCACCUGCAUUGGUGGCCAGCAGGCCCAGAACCCGAACUCCGGCACACCCGACAACCAGGACGGACCCGAGGGUUUGUCCUGGAGGAGGCUCCACAUGUGCAGAGCUAAGCUCAAGGCUACCGCGACUACGUCCGAGCUACUCAGCGGCUUUGCCAUGGUGGCGAUGGUCGAGCUGCAGAUAAACGAGCCGACGGCGGUACCGGAGUGGCUGUUCGUGAUGUUCGCCGUGUGCACGACGGUUCUCGUGUCGGUGCACAUAUUCGCCCUGAUGAUCAGCACCUACCUAUUGCCGAACGUCGAGGCGAUUAGCAAACUGCAGGUCUCCCGACUGGUUACGGAGUCGCCCCACGAGCGCAUGCGCGGCUUCAUAGAGCUCGCCUGGGCCUUCUCCACGGUCCUUGGGCUCUUCCUCUUCCUCGUCGAGGUCGCGAUACUCUGCUGGGUCAAAUUCUGGGACUACUCUUUCACCGCGGCAACCGCGAGCACCGUCAUCGUCAUACCCGUCCUCAUUGUCUUCAUAGCCUUCGCCGUACACUUCUACCACUCUCUCGUCGUUUACAAGUGCGAAACUUCGGUCUCGGAUAUGAAGGAGUUGGAGACCAUCAAGAGGAAUCUCGAUAACGCCUCACUCGGGCACAGCAGAGUCUGAGGCCAGUCGUCUUC